AUGACCGAUUGCUCCCUCGCCCACAUGCUUGUCUCUCUUCCCCUCUUUCCAUCCCUCUCCCCCUUUCCUCCGCGCCCUUCCUCUCAGGGCUACGGGCGCACGAAUCUGCUCUUCUCCCCCGCAUCUGACGGCCUGGUGCCCUUCGCCAUGACCGAUUGCUCCCUCGCCCGCCCCCACGCCUUCGCCCUUCUCGCCCACGUGCGCCAAGCCUUCCUCUCCUGCCUGCUGCCCCACCCCUCUCUGGACCUUCCUCUGCCCGUCUUUGAUUGGCUGCCGAGCCUGGAGCACGAGCAAGUGCAGCAGUUACCAGUGCAGCAGUUACCAGUGCAGCAGUUACCAGUGCAGCAGUUACCAGUGCAGCAGUUACCAGUGCAGCAGUUACCAGUGCAGCAGUUACCAGUGCAGCAGUUAACAGUGCAGCAGUUACCAGUGCAGCAGUUGCGAGUGAAACAGUUAGCACUGUAG